UUCUGGCGUCCGUCACCGUGUUUUCACGUGACGCGUCUACUCUGUACAUUACGGCAUUGUGUCUCCACUCUACCCGGAAGUGCUAGCCAGGGAUGACUGUCAUGCCCUUUCGCCAUGUAUCUAAAGAAGCGCUCGCUGGGUCACUGACUCUGGGCUUGGUUUUUGUCACCGGCUACUUUCUGGGGCGACGGAGAUCCUUCAGAAUGAGCAUCAGCAAGAGCCACUGUGGAGGAGACCCUCUGUUGCAGUAUGUCCUUGAUAAUUCUUUACGCGAACACCCCGUGCUGAAGAAGCUGAGACAGAGGACAAUGGAUGACCCAGGCCGCGGCAUGAUGGUGGCCUGUGAGCAGUCGCAGUUCAUGAGCAACUUGGCCAGGCUGAUAGGAACCAGGAAGGCACUGGAGAUCGGAGUUUACACUGGCUACAACACUCUGAACAUCGCCCUGGCGCUGCCGGACGACGGGCAGCUGGUGGCGUGCGACAUCAGCGAAGAGUACAUCAACAUUGCCAAGCCCUUCUGGAAAGAGGCUGGAGUGGAGAAGAAAAUAGAUCUGCGACUGCAGCCGGCGCUGAAGACUUUGGACGACCUCUUGGCAGCUGGCGAGGCAGAAACCUUUGACUUUGCCUUCAUUGAUGCAGACAAAGGAAACAUGGAAAACUACUAUGAAAAGUGUCUGCAGCUGAUCAGGAAAGGAGGCAUCAUCGCCAUUGACAACGUGCUGUGGGGCGGUAAAGUUCUGGAUCCUUCCCCUGGAGACCCUGACACUGUAGCCAUCGACAGGCUGAACAAGAAGCUUCACCGGGACAUCAGGGUCACUCUCAGCAUGCUGACAGUAGGCGACGGUCUCACCCUGGCGGUCAAGCUGUGAGACAAGCUGCCACCUUGCCACUGUUGAACCUCAUGUUUCAGUUCACAAUAAAACAAUUUGUUUUAAA